AUGAUUGUUAAUGGCAAUGGCCGAAGAAAAGCGAAACGAAGAGUUUCGGUAAAGAAAAAUGAGCAAAGUCUGUCGACAAAGCGUCGACGCACUAAUUCAUGUCUUAUCGUUGAAAAUGAUGUGAUGAAAGGAACCGAGACGGUUUUUGAGGAUUAUGUUAUUGAUCGCACAGAAUCAUUGCAUAUCGAUGAGAAUCUGGAAAAUGAAGAUAGCGGCGUGAAGCCAACGAGUUCCUGGGCUGAACGCAUGCAGUCGAGUCUUCUUGGAGAAGCAAAAGAUUUAAACGAGAAUUCGAAAAAGAAAAAAUUCAAAAAAAUUUGUUUUAAUUGCCGUGGGGAGCAUAAUAUAUCGGAUUGUCCGCGGCCGAAAAGCGCGAAACGAAUUCAGCAGAACCGGCUGGAAAUCACCGAAGAUCUAAGACGACGACAUUCCCAAUAUGGAAGAUAUACAGACAAGCAUAUCGGCAAAUUCACACCCGGUUCGAUUAGUACGACGUUGCGAGAAGCGCUGGGCAUCGGAGAAAACGAGAUUCCAGAAUAUAUUUAUAGAAUGAGACACAUGGGAUUUGUUAAGGGCUAUCCGCCAGGCUAUCUGAAAAAGACCAUGAAGUUCAACGGCAACCAGAUACUCAAGAUUUUCGAUUCGCAUGAGAGUCACAAUGAUCACGAUGAUAUGGAAAAGCCUGAAAUCGACAAAUCCAAAAUGAUCUGCUAUCAGGGAUUUAAUGGAAGUGUUGACGGCUUAAUCGAUAGAGAAAACUUCAAAGUUCCGCCAUUUCAUGUGUUUUGCGAAAUCUAUGAAAAGGAGCUCAUCGGCUCUUAUAUGAAGGAUAGAAGAGCUAAGAUGAAGAAGCAACGAAAAUCCAAAAAGAAAAUUAAUCUCAAGAAUGACGCUGAUGAUGAUGUAAUUAUAAUUGAUGAUGAGGUGAAUGAUUUGAAAAUCGAGUAUAAGACACCAAAUGAGGAAUCUUCAGUUCAAAUCCUUGAAGCGAGCAAGGCCGAGAAUGAGCCGAAAGUAGAGAAGGGUGAAUCGUUGUUCCAAUCCAUCGGCACUCCGGUGCUUUCGAGAAGAGACGAUAGCGGUGAAUGGAAAUUGUCGAAAUUACCCAGCGUCGACGCAUUCUCCGUCGGAAUUCAGCCAUUCGAAGCCAAAGAAGAAUGCGUCAAAACAGGUCUAUUCAAAAAGCUGAUGGAAAAAUUGAAGAUUGGACGAGAAGAGCCGGAAAUUGAAAUCAUCGAUGAGAAACUGGCUAAAAAUCGUUAA